AUAGAAUAGAAAAUAAAAUUAUACAUAAAAAAGUGUCCAAAAGAUCUUAAAAGUUAAUUUAAAAUGUUUGAGUUUGAAGAUGCUGGAGGAUUGCAUGAUGUUUUCCUCAAUAAAAAUGCUGAUUCAUUGAUGGAUUGCUAUAUCAGCGACAGUAUGCAAGAUAUAUAUGAUAUUGAUAUCCGCUCGGAAGUAGCAACAGUUGUGGGUGGUUCAAAUGAAUUUUCAUCGCUUGUAAAUUUUGAUUUGCCACCUUUGGAUCUUGAUUCAAACUCUAAUGAUGUAUGGAUGGGUAGUAGCUCACGUUGGUCUUUUGGAUCAGUAAACGACAUUUAUGCGGAUGUAGGUGAUUGUGUUAAUCCAAACAUUAUAAUGCCUAGUACAGGCAACAUUACAGCGAAUGUAUCGAUGUUACUUAAGUCUCCAAAGGACCUUACUAAUCUCAACAGUCACCAUAUGUUCGAUAGUUCCAUAACUUCACCUCACGAAAAGAAAUCACACUUAACUUUUUCACCAAGUACAAUAAAGUUAUCUCAAAUCAAACAAGAACAACGUGAAGCAAUGAAUGUAAAUGCUAAUAAUUUGAAAAGGCUUAUGAGCAUAAAUACUAUUGAAGCUAAUCGAGAAAAUGUAAAAAAAGAUCUGAGUGGUGAACUGGGUUCUUUGAAAAUAAAAAAUAAUAUUAAAUUGGCACCAGGAAUUGGUGGAAUAACUUUUGCUCAAGGAAAUGAAAAAUUGGAACUGCAUAAGAGUCAUUUGAAAGUGCUAGAAAGUACAAUAUAUAAUGUUCAAAACAAGCAACAAAAGAUUCAGCGUUCAGCUAGUCCCAAAUUCACACUUCUACCGAAUGGACAUAAAAAGAAUAUUAUUCAUCAUAAUUAUGUAACAAAUGGUCACAUUAAUGGACACACAACUCAUGAAAAACCAACGAAAAAAUCAAAAAAUCAUCAUCCACAAAGUGUCAGUGAGUUUCCGAAACCUGCAUAUAGCUACAGUUGCUUGAUCGCAAUGGCUUUAAAAAAUUCAAGAGCUGGAUCUUUGCCGGUUUCUGAAAUAUAUAGUUUCAUGUGUGAACAUUUUCCAUAUUUUAAAACUGCCCCAAAUGGCUGGAAAAACUCAGUUCGUCAUAACUUAUCACUAAACAAAUGUUUUGAAAAAAUUGAAAAGCCUGUUACAAACGGUGGACAAAGAAAAGGAUGUUUAUGGGCAAUGAAUCCUGCAAAGAUAUCAAAAAUGGAUGAAGAAGUUCAAAAAUGGUCUCGUAAAGAUCCAAUGGCUAUUAAAAAGGCUAUGGUACAUCCAGAAAAUCUUGAAUCACUAGAAAAAGGAGAAAUGAAGCAUGGCCAUAGUGGUCUUAGUGAUGAUGAAGAUGAAAAUGAAAUUGGUUCGGAAGAAAAUGACGAUGUUCAAAGUGAGGGAGAACAGGAUGAAAGUUUUUUAGAUACACCAGAAUCUCUCAAUGAUGCUCAAGUUAGUGAUGAUGAACCUGAUAUGGAUUUUGACGUAGAGAUUACAGAAGAUUUCUAUGAUAUUGACAUUGAAGAGUCAGCACGUGAAGCUCUAACACUAGAUAUAAAUGGUUCAAAAGAUUUUUUUGAUGAUGAUGAUACAAACAGUCUUUUCUCACCACAGCAACCUCAACAAAAGAGACCGCGCUUGGAGUUUUCAACAUCAAUCUCUUCUCCUAAUUCUUUAAAUAUAUCGCAUAAUCGUCGAAAAACUCCACACGUCAAUCGAUUAAUGUAAAAAACAAGUAAAAACUAAUAAUUUGCUAAAUUUUGAAGAG